AUGAACUUCAAGGACAUUCCAGAGUUGCCAAGGUCCUCUAAGACAGAUCGCCUUCAUUUUCGAAACUCAGGUAUCGUCGUAGAAGAGAUGGAGGAAGAACUUGCCUGUGGUCCCAUGGUACGCGUGAAUUUGCUGCUGUCGCUGAUGCCGUCAAAACUCGUACUGAAAGAGCUUACACAGAGUCCUCGACUGCGGGUGGCACUGGCUAAGGGUCAUAAGGUGGCCAAAAAGUACCGCAAAUGGUUGCAGACACUAGCCCUGGGCGUGAGCCACUUAGCAGAAGCAGCCAAACCUACUGUAACCAUGCAGCAUCUGAGUACCAUGACGUGGACUCAGGGUGAUCGCUGCUUCCUGUGUCUCAAGAUGUUUCGCACAUUCCGAAAACAAUAUCAUUGCCGGUUCUGUGGUGAAUCUGUCUGCGGUUCCUGCUCAAGUUUUGUCGAUAUGUCAUUGUUCAAUGUCAGCUACGAAAGUAGUGGGAGCUCGAGCAGUAUUAUAGUAGGGCGUUGCAAGCUCAAUCUACCAGCGACUGUUGAUGGCAGCGGGAGAAGUGACAAUUCAUCUCAUAACGCUUCAGUGGAUAGCACGGAGGAGUAUUUGGACAUUCGGGGAUGCAACACGUGCGCGUCCGAGUUGCAGAUGAACCUGGCCAUUCGGGACCAGUGUCAGGACGCACGUAUGCCAACCCAUUACGGCAGCAGUAAUAUCUUCUCACAACUUGCAAACGGUUGCCCAAUAAACAUGGGUAGAGAGAACAAAUUCAACCAAAGUUUUGGGUAUAGCAGCAUCAGCAGCUCGCCGCAAUCGUAUCCGGGUUUUGGCAACGACUUCGAACGGGAUGGAACGGUGUCCAGGCAGACUGGUAACUACUACCAGCAGAAUCAACAAUACGCAGGUCAAAAGAUGAGUUUAUCAUCCAUCACUAGCAGCUCAUUGUCCGGUUUUCCGAAUGAUGAGCGCGCACAACUAGCACUCGACACAUCUACUAGUUUAACAGAGGCUGUCGGCAAUGAGCGAUUGCAUAUGAGUUUUGACCGCAUACCUACCUGCGACUUGGCGUCAGACGCCUCGCUAAAUGAGUUUUUGGCUGGUAACUCGGACAUUCUGUUACUAAACGAAUCAAUGUUCCACGGUGAAUCAGCAACACAAGUACCAAGCAUGAUGGCUAUCAUCGAUGAUAGUGAAUACAUGGACCUUACGUACAACCUCACCUGCCGGCCAGCAUGCAGAAAUAUCCGUGCGAGCUAUGCCACGACUGCCGCUACAAACGAAGAAAGCAACUGCAGUCGGUUUAACUACGCAGGCAUGACACUUCAAGAAACACAAACUGCGGAACAAUAUGUUCGUGCUACCAAUGCAACAAACACUUUGCGGAUGAACGGCAGACUACCACUGACACCUCUGCAGCCUAAGCAUGACCCGGAUUAUAAGCAGAGUUCUGCAAACGUUUCACACAUGGUUUAUCGUACAACACGACAAAGACGUUUGUCUUCAUCACAGUCACACAAGUCGUCGCAUUCAUCAGAGAGCGUUCGAAGUGACCUGAUUCACUUGAACGAUCCCAUUCAAGCUCCAGUAACACAGUCCAACGGCUUUGUUGUUUUUAGUGGCAGCCGUCAGGCAGAGAAUCUCAAUCACGAAGAGAGCGACAUGAUCUUACUCAAUUCUGAGGCAGACAACAAGAAACAGAGCUUUGAGAGAUAA